AUGGAAUUAUUAACUAUAUUGAUUUUGAUUCUUAGUUGUCCCUUAAUUGUUACUUCUGAGGACUACCAUUACAUGGCAUAUGUUAUUCAGUGGGUUCCGACGUAUUGUGGACGAGUAAACUGCAAGGCUGAUAUUAUGCAACGGCCGUUGAGGUUCACCCUCCACGGCCUCUGGCCGGGAAACAGCACUGGAGGGAGUUUGAAAUGCAAUCCGCCUCCACAUGGUACUGAGGACAAAGUCAAGGAAGUGUGGAAAAAUUCCAAAACACUUGAAGAUAACCUCCACAAAUACUGGCCUAGUUUGAGCUCUGAUGGAUGGACAGAUGAGGAAUUCUGGAUGCAUGAAUGGGAGGCCCAUGGCUACUGCACUAAACAGACACUCCCAGCUGCUGAUUAUUUUCGGGCAGCGAUUGUGGCCAACGUCGAUAAACUUCUUGCCAGAGUGAGGAACACAUUUAUGACUGCAAAUAUGGUAGGAUUAGGUGAUCAGGCUUACGAUAAGCAACAUCUAAUUAUCGCUCUCCAUAAUGCGCGCGGGCUACCCCCUGACCCCUAUAUCUCUUGUAUUCCAAAGAAUUCGAGUCAUGUGUUUCUGAAGGAGAUCCACUUCUGCCUGGAUAAAACAAAACUCCAGAGAUUCAUUCCCUGCCCGACGAGCCAAGACACCAGAGGAUGUGGUGAAGGGAACAUCAUAAUUCCAUCUAGGGCCAUCUAUGGCUCGCUGCUACAAGCUGGAGGUUAA